AUGGGCCCAAUAUCUGAUCUAACGGAUACAUAUUCCUUCAACUGCUAUUUCCGGCAGAUGUGGACUGACGCUAGGUUAAAAUUCAAUGGAACGCGAUCCAAGCAAUCUUUAUCCUUGAGCAUGGCGAUGCUGGAUAAAAUAUGGAAGCCCGAUACGUACUUCUGGAAUGGUGCUCGGUCGUAUACGCACACAAUGACGACUAGUAAUCGGUUGGUGAGGUUGCAUCCGGAUGGAACGGUCCUGUUUAGCAGAAAAUGCGCAAUGUCAAUGAGAAGAUAUCCUCUUGAUCGUCAGGUA